AUGAUGAGACGGAUGACACCGACGAUAUCAGUGAACGACCCUGGCUUGCGACGGGCCCGCUGCCCAGGUGACGUUGUGAAAUGGCAUCCGUAUUAUCAGCCUCACAUGGGAGAGGGCGCUGAGGUCGUUAAUCCUGAAUCCAUUCGAGAAGAUCAAUUGCGAGCUGGCUUGAAAUGUGUCUGGGUCAGUCACCCUGAUGAACCCCUUGAUGAAGGGGGCCCACCUUCUUUUGCUUUUUAUUUCAAUGGAGGAGUUGUCUUAGCUCUUAAUCAUCCACGAUCUGCCAAGGAUGACGAUUGUAAAUCAGCUGGGUGGGAUUAUACAACAAGUGCUCCUGAAUUGUAUCGUGUGGAUGGCAUGGGGGUGGUGAUUAAAGGGCAGAGUUUUGCCUCUGGAUCUGGAUUCGAAUGGGCCUAUAGUAAUAUGGAGAAAUAUGGUGGAUAUUCCUCUUGGGAGAUUGAACUGGUUGCUAAGUCGAUCGUACAUGUUGCUCAUCGGACUAGGAAAGAUCGAGACGAUCAGGGCUGUGACCUUUCUGCUACUAAUGGUGAAGAUUUUGUGAGUGUGUACCUGGUAGGAUCUGAUGGGUGGAUGGACAAGUUAGGUGUCCAAAUGGAUACGAAUAUGGAUGAACAUGCUCAAUCUGGGUUGACUGAGGAGAACCCGGCCACUAAGAAGGUUAAGAACAGGGAGGAAACUUUCGAAAUUAGAUCGGAGCUGUUCUCCUUUAAGGCUGCUGUUCUGAACUCUCAAGGUAGUGGUAAGGUGAAAGUCCCAGGAAGGGAACCAGCUCACGUUAAUGAGGAUGAAGUUAUCCACAGUGAGAAAGAUGGGAUUGGUUCAGUGAUGUUCCUUGAUCCAAUUCAUCAACGAAUGAAGAAAUCAAUGGGAUACUCUAUUGUGGUCAGCCCUCUCGGCUGGACGGUGACUUACGGAGCUCUCAUAGGCAGAUUGGAUAAAAUUUGGAAUCUUAAGGGGGAAUUUAAAGUGACCGAUCAAGUUCACGGUCACUAUGUGAUCCGAUUAAGCCUUGAGGAAGAUUGUAAUUAUGUCCUCCUUAAUGGGCCAUGGACGAUGGGUGCUAUCUGCUAUCUGAGGGUAUAUCCUUGGACGCCGAAGUUCGACGCUAAAUCUGAUAAUUUGACAGCAGUUGCGGCGUGGAUCAGAAUUCAAGAAAUACCUCUACAGUACUUUCAUGAAGCUAUUCUUAGGAACGUGGUAAAAUCUAUUGGUUCGUACAUUAAAGCGGAUGAGAUCACCUUAACCGGUACUAGAGGGAAAUAUGCUCGGAUUGCCAUCCAAUUGGAUUUGGUGGAGCGGCUAAAGGGAAUGGUUGGGGUGGAUGGAGCCUCGUAUAAGAUCGAAUAUCAGGAUUUACCAUUGAUAUGCUUCGCCUAUGGGAUGUAUGGUCAUAAGUCAGAGUCGUGUCCUACUUUCCCGGUGCAUACGGUGGCGAAUUCAGCUGGGGCAGAAACGGGCGCUACUCAAGUAGGGGACCAGGUGAAUUUGCAGGUAACGAAGCCGGACCAGGAUGAAGGGGUGGCUCUAAUGGCUUCAUCUGGGCCCAAAGGUUUUGAAGCAGGGCUUGGAUCAGGGAAAACUCCGAACACAAACGGGUCAUCAACGGGGAGCAAAAGAAAAAAUGAUAAUAUUGAUAAAUCUUCUUGGGGUCCAAAAAAAGAUUCUUCUAAGGGUCAGGCCGUAAUGGUGGAUAAACCUACUGUGGAAAACCCUCCUGUGGCCCAAAAGGCCCAAGCUUCUAAGCCUGUCGGCAAGACUAUUAUGCAAAAGCCAGAGUCAUCUACGGUUAAUGUGGUUGUCAAUAUAGAAGGUACACAAUCGGAAUUAACGACCGAAUCGUCGAAGAACAUCUCUGAUGGAGAGAAAGGCACACACACAGUGGCCAAAUUACCCCAUCCUAACCCCAAAAUUAAUCCAAUCACUAAAGGGAGAAGCUUACAGAAUAAUGAUCAAACUCCCCACCCGGUGGAAGUUGCGGCAAUUCCUCCAAAUUUAUCCAAAGCUUUCCCUGUAAAGUCCACACUUAGAAUAAAAGUAAAUUCGAAGGCUCCGAACGUCCAUCUCAUGGAAUACUCAGACAUGAUGGUGGAGACGUUAGAGCCCCAAGAUACGGAUGAGCGGCCUUCCGAUAUGGAGGGAGUGUUGCUAGCUGACGAGAUUCACUUGGGCAAGAAGCAGUGUCAUGAACGCCUGGAUAGGGUGUUGGCUAAUGACGAGUGGAUUGCGACAUUUAGUGACACGCUUGUGAAGCAUCUAACAAGGGUGGCCUCGGACCACUCUCCUUUAUUGAUAAGAAUGAAAGUAGGAGUUGAUGUGAUCCCAAAUCGUAAGAGUUUUAGAUAUCUCGCAGCUUGGGAAUCACACAAAUCAUGGCUACAAUGGCUGAGGAAGAACUGGUGUGUUAAUGAACCGCUCAUUUUGGCUUUACAGAACUUGGAAGUCAUCAAAUAUAUAAUGGUUGUUCCUCCUCCACAAAAUGCUAUGGGGGAAGAUAGAGUUGUGUGGAGCUCGACUGCCUCUGGUAGAUGUACUACAGCCUCUGCCUUUCAGGCCCUGUAUGCUGGUAGGUGGAGUUGCAAAGAGAGGAAGUGGGAAGCAGUGUGGAAAUGGCAGGGUCCGGAGAAGAUUAAAAUGUUCUUAUGGCUUUUCAGAAAAGCUUUGCUGGUUAAUGCAGAGAGAUGUCGGCGACACAUGACCGAGGAUGGGAGUUGUCACAUUUGUGGGGUUCUGGAGACGAAGCUUCACGUCUUUCAUGACUGUACUCGCAGCAAAUGGAUUUGGCAAUCGAUUAAUCCUUCACUGGAAGCAAGUUUUUGGGAGGAGUUAGACCUCCAAUCAUGGAUUUUAUCUAACUUAUUGUCUUCUACCUUGCAGGUUGGCUUUCCUUGGAAGAUGUGGUUUGCUACUGCUUGUUGGAAAAUUUGGACUGGUCGCAAUGAGAAAAGUUUUGAUGCAGCUGCUGUUAAAAAAAGAGAGCUGUUGUUGAUUAUAAGAGCUGCAGUAAAGGAAAUAGCCUGGACUAAUGAGGAUUUCAAAAGGAGGACGAUUGGAUUACCAAUGAACACUUUGUUUUUGUCUUGGAAACCCCCGCCUGUGGGCAGCAUUAAGAUAAACAUGGACGGGGCAAUUGAUCCUCUUCUUUGCUCUGCAGUGGCUGGAGGAGUAUUCCGGGAUAGCUCUGGCAACUGGCAGAGGCGGAGCUAUGGGGGUUGUUCUAUGGCUUGA